UCUCUCUCUCUCUCUCUGCAGAUGGGAAAUGCCUCUGAAACUUCAUUCAUUUCCAAGAUAUCUAAAGAACAUGACUUUCUUUUAGGGAUGAUCUACAUCAUCUUUGGUGUCUUCUCUCUGAUGGGGAACACUGUCUUGCUCUUCGUGGCCUAUCAGAAGAAGUCGUCUCUCAAACCAGCAGAGUUUUUCAUUGUCAAUCUCUCCAUCAGUGACCUGGGCAUGACCAUCUCUCUGUUCCCCUUCGCUAUUUCCUCCGCUUUCUCUCACAGAUGGCUCUUUACUGAAUCAGUGUGUGUGUGUUACGCGUUCUGUGGUGUACUCUUUGGCCUCUGCAGUCUCAGUAAUCUCACCGUCCUGUCGUCCGUCUGCUGGUUUAAAGUCUGCUGUCCAAACUACGGGAGCAGGUUCUCAUCGUCCCAUGCCACGUUGUUGGUGCUCGGCGUGUGGUGCUACUCCACCAUCUUUGCCGUAGGUCCUCUAUCAGGCUGGGGUCAGUACGGCUACGAGCCGUACGGCACGGCCUGCUGCAUCGACUGGUUCGCUCCUCAUCACAGCCUCCUCGCCAUGUCCUACAUCAUAUGCCUCUUCUUCUUCUGCUACAUCGUGCCUUGCACCAUCAUCUUCUUGUCCUACGCCUUCAUCCUGGUGACGGUGCGCGGCUCUCGGCAGGCUCUCCGGCAGCACGUGUCUCCACAGAACAAGAUCAUGGACGCUCAAUCUCGCGUCGUCAAGCUCUCUGUAGCCGUAUGUGUCGGCUUCCUGCUAGCGUGGAGUCCGUACGCCGCUGUAUCCAUGUGGGCGGCCUUUGUGAAUCCGGACGCAGUUCCUCCGAUAGUGUUUGCUGUGGCGGCGGUGUUUGCUAAAUCCUCCACCCUUUACAACCCGCUGGUCUACCUGGGCUUCAAGCCCAACUUCCGCAGGUCCCUUCAGAGACGGACCACGUGCUCGUGCCUGCGCCGGCCAGAAACGGUGCGGAAAAAAGCAGACAGGGAAACGUGCCAUUCCACUCAUAUUUCUAGUGGACCUCAGAAAAGCCAGCGAACCUGCAGGACCUGCCUGGACCACACGUCUUGUCACAGCUUGGACAUCACACCUCAUAGAACAGUCCUGACCCUGACCGGCUGCACACACAGCAAGGUCGCGGUCAGUCAGCUGUCCAGUGAAAUCCACAGUGACUUCCUUUAGACCCAGACACAUCUAGAACAUUCCUUUACGAUGUCACAGUAAGAGAGAGAAUAAAUAGUGUGAAGAGGAACCUCGGAGGAACCUUGGACAGGAUCUUUUUUAGCUUGUUGUUCUGUGACUAAUGUAAAGUUCUGGAAAUGUUCGUUAUUAAUAUCAUGACAUCUGCUGUAAUAAUGUCUCGGUCAAUCCUCAAAGUUUCAUACGUUUAAUAUUCCUGUUUUAAUGUUUUAUUUUUUAUGUUAAAGGUGCGGUCUCCGAUGUUCUCCGGCAAGGUUCGAGUUGUUUGAAAUAAACUUUUAUAUCGCACACUUUUGAUGCCAAAGAUUAUAAACGACUAAAAGUUAAGCUGAACUAAAAAUAGGAUCAAAUAAA